AUAACUUAAAUAUUGUUUUGCUAAAAGCGGUCUUGACGGAUUGGGACGAGAGUGCUGACGUGUCAAGGGGAAAAAAGGGCGAUUAGGUUUUUUGCGUCUCUCGCAAGAAUGCAGCAGCCGGCGGCUUCUCCGGGCCAUCCUGGAGAGGUUUCGGCGCCGGAAAAAGGUACUGGUUCUCAGGAGAAGGUUAUCGAAAGUCAGGAGGUGGGUUUCAGUGGGUCUCAACAGGAAACAAAGCAGGAUUUGAAUCUCGUAGAAGUUUCGACGGGUGAUAGCACAGAUCUCAGAACAGUUGUCAGCAAGGAAAAGGUUUCGACGGUGGUACGUGCGGCUGGGAUUCCAGAGAAAAAAUCAUGGGUACAAGUCGCUCAGAAACAUGUUUUCACUAAACAGAAGUUUGUCGUAGAGGCAGUAGAUGGGCAAGAGAGAGUAGUGGUACCGAAAGAGGUUUUUGUAGGAGCGAAACCACUUUGGGAGGACUUUGUGAUUGGAAAAUUUUUGAGUACAAAAGCUCCACAUGUGGGGAAGAUACAUAUGAUUGUCAACAAGAUAUGGCGACUGGGAGAUAAAACAACGUUGAUAGAUGUGUUUGAAGUGAAUGAAACUACAGUAAAGUUUAGGAUCCGAAACGAGGGUAUGAGGCAUCGAAUUCUUAAUAGAGGCAUGUGGAAUAUCAUGGAUUUACCAAUGGUAGUCUCCAAAUGGUCCCCUUUUGCGGAGGAAGCACAACCUGCAAUGAAAUCAAUUCAGCUUUGGGUUACCCUAAAAGAUGUCCCUUCAUCUUUGUUCACAGAUAAAGGACUGGAAUUUCUAUCUAGUGCAGUGGGAAGACCAAAAAGGUUACACCCGAAAACAGAAGCUUGUCUGCUGUGGGAAUGGGGACAUCUGAGAGAUUCUUGUCUUGCUGAAGCAAGAAAGAUCGCACAAGACCAAAAAAAUCCUACUGUGAGCUCUGUUUCUGACACAGAGUUGGCGACAAAAGUUUCAACUCCAGCUCCGGAGCAAAAUGUAGCCGUGGAAAUAGUUUCAGUACCUAACUCUAUAGAAGGACAAAAUGGUAACGUUGCUAGCCCUGCAGAUGGUGUAGAGCAAGGCAGUGACGACCAGGGUUGGAUUACGCCUCCAAAAACAAGUCGCAGCCCCAGCAAGAGAUCAGAGGGUCCAAAGUAUGGGGAGGUCUCCAUUCUCUCUAAUACCUACUCGGCUCUAGAAAUGGUGGAUGAAGUGGGGGAAGAGGCUAAGGAUGAAGAGGAGGUGGGUGGGGAGGUAGAAACUCAAACCACGCAGGCUUCUCAGGAGGAGGUACAAAAAUCAGAUCAGAUGGUGUCAUCUAGGGGAGUUAACUUGCCCCUGAGACAGUCUCUUCCAAGAGGCUCUAAAACAGCUCAUAAAACGGUAUCGGUUUCUUCUACUCAAUCGGCUAGGAUUAUUCCUAAAGAUCAGAGUAAGAGAACCCAUCCAAAACAUCAUUAAUGUCAGGUUUCUUUUGGAAUGUUCGCGGCUUAAACAAAUCAACUAAACAUUCCGUU